AUGACAAAAUGGCGGCGGUGAUUCAACGCCUUUCGAGACAAGCUUUAGUCACCUUCAUGACAAGAGAAACAGCAACGUUUUCUUCGAACUUUGAAACCUUAAAAACAAUGCUUGACUCAAUCACGGCAGAUGACAUCAAGCUUUCUGUUCCAGAUCCUUUAGAACAGAAUAAUGGAAGCUUCACUGAAGCACCAGCAACUCAUGUUUCCAUCUUUGAGUGUCCAUUCUUUUCAUUAGGAGUAUUCAUCUUAAGAAAAGGAUGUUCUAUUCCUCUCCAUGAUCAUCCUGAUAUGUUUGGUUUGUGCAAAGUGGUGUAUGGGAAAAUAUCAGUGGAUUCAUAUCAAAGCCAGUCUGAGACUACACUAAAUGGAAGAACAGAUGGCUUUACAAAACAUCCUCUUCAUACCCGUAAAAGAAGGCUCAUAAGAUGCAGGAAGACUGAACAAUUUUUUGAAGAAAGCAGUGGGAGUUGUGUGCUGACACCAACUGUUGGUAACCAUCAUACGAUUCACAAUACUAGUCCAGGACCAUCAGCAUUUGUUGACAUCCUUGGUCCUCCCUAUGCACAAGACAAAGGUCGUGACUGCACAUAUUAUCAAGAGUGUGAUCCUUUACCAUACCUAAACUCCAAUAGGAACAAUCAGGCUCCACCAAUUGAGACAGAUAGCUCUGAAAGAUGGAUAAUUGAAAUACCUCCUCCCCGAGACUUUUACUGUGAUACUCAGCCAUACAGGGGACCACCUGUGAGUCUGCAGUUAAUCUCUGGUCCUUCAGACUUAUAAUUAUACCAUACCCAGUGUCAAGUAAGAAGGAUUACAUUUAACAGAUCUGCACUGGAGAAAAAUAUACAUUUAAACAAGUUUGUAUAGUAUAAUAUAAUUAUACAGUUUAUUUAUACAAAAUACAUAGGUUGCUUAUUUACAUUUCUAAGUAGAAGUGUUGCAGUUCUGAAUUGCAAAAGGUCCUUCAUCUAAAAUUUUUUAUGCACUUCAAACUUUCAGCAUCUAUUGAAUUCAUAAAUUAUUUUAGCUCGACAAGACACGAAGGUGUUGACAAAAUUGACUUGUGCUACCCCAAAAAAAAAUCAUUUUAAGAUUCAUUUUAAAAUUACUGGCCUGAUAACUCAAAGUCACAACUGUGUUUUGGUUUUUGUUUUAACAUGUAAUGUAAGUCACCAAUUCAAAGAUUUGAAGGCAGGAGAAAUUGUCAAAAUUGAUGUGCCGCUAGUACCAAAGGAACUAGCUGUGGGGAGGUCUUGUCAUCUAUACUUCACCUAACAUUUAUCAAAGUUAGUCAUACUUUUUUUUUAUUAAGCCUGUUAUUUAGCAAGUAGAUCCUUUCUGCAGUGUGCAUGUUUGGUUACUGUAAUAGAUCAGAGAUGUCAAAGUGUGGAAAGAACCAAAAGAGUGGCACAUGAGGAACAGACAAGUGUCACCAGUGUUUUUACCACAUUUUGUUGUCUUCUGAGAUAUAUUACUAGACCCUUUGCACCCUAACAUCAGUAUGCAUAUUCUCUAUACUGUUCUCUAUACAUUUCCUAAUGCGCUGGCAAGGAAAAUUUGUUUAACAAUCAAGAGGUUCUUUAGUUGAUUAUCAUUUCCUUUAUUCUCAUGACCUUAAUGUUUGAUUCAGGGAUAAUAUUGAAAGGAGAAAUUAGAUGCUAGUCACUCUCAGGGAUUAAAGGGUUAACAUACACACCACAACAUGGAAUCAAAUUGUUAUAUAUUGUAAAAAAAAGAUAUUUUAUCAAUGGUAACAUCAUUUAUGGGUCUGUCUUCCAACAAAUCAAUAGCAAGAACCUAACAAAGUGCGUAUAUAAUGUAGCUUGUUAAAUGAAUACAUUUACGUCAUAGAUGUCCAGUGAUAUUCACAAAGUUGGGUUGUGAACAUCUUUUAAAGCCAAACUUUCACUUUUUAUUUUGUGAAAUUUGAAGUUGGAGAAUUGAUUUGGAAGGCUUUUUGUUGUGUGUGUAGGUAUAUGAAGUGAUUUUCCAGUUUCAGGGUUUUGUUUGUUAACAGAGUGUUGGUAGUAGCAGGAAGGCUGACCUUGCAGUAAUUUCACCCUGGUCUGCUUGUACCAAUUGAUAAGGCUCUCUAACUGUAUGCCAUGAACAGGUUGUGAUAAGUUAGUGUAACAUAACGAUUGAGUGUAAAAGGCACGUGUAAAAUUUACAUAAUUUGAUCAAAAGGAGAGUAAACUUUCCAGAUACUUUCCUAACUGUCAAUUUAGGUCGGCUUCUUGUGUGCAGCCAUAAGUUCCAAAGAAAUAAAUGUAACCUUGAAAUUUU